AUGUCGUAUAGUACUGAGAUUGAUCCUCAUGUAAGAAGAGUGACGUUACAGAAACAAAGCGAAAUAAGGAUCCAAGUGCCCCAGAUGUGGCCGCCUCUCAAACUACGUGUGCUUGAUGGCAAACUUGAGAUUUUUGGUUCCGAGCUUCCACGAAACGUCUGGCUCACGUUUCCUCCUCUCCAGCAGUUCGCCGUCUUCACGUGGUAUGGUGCAACAAUCGAAAUAGAUGGUGUCACAGAAACUGACACUAUUUCUGAUGAGGGACCAAGGGUUAUCAUUGUAGGCGACAUUGACUCUGGGAAGAGCACAUUAGCUAAGAUGCUUCUUAGUUGGGCAGCAAAAGAUGGUUGCAAACCAACCUUUGUUGAUCUUAAUAUCGGACAAAGUUCGAUAACCAUACCAGGAACUAUUGCUGCUACAUCUGUUGAAAUGCCUGUGGAUCCUGUUGAUGGACUACCUCUUCAUAAGGCCCUUGUGCACUAUUUUGGUCACACCACACCGACCAACAACCUUAGGUUGUACAAAUACCUUGUUGAAGAGCUUGCUCGAGAAUUAGAAGAAGAGUUUGCUGUAAACGCUGAAUCACGAUGUUCUGGUAUGGUGAUUGACACAAUGGGAUGGACAAAAGGUCUUGGUUAUCAGGUAUAUUUUAGUUUCUGUUUUUCAAAAAGAGAUUAUGUUCGCUAUGAACCGCAUACUAAUUUGCUAGCCUUAUUGCAGCUGCUUCUCCAUGCAAUAAGGACUUUUGAUGCAUCUCUAGUCAUCGUCCUUGGUCAAGAAACAGAACUUGUCUAUGAUCUGAACAAAGCUUUCAAAUUCAAGAAGAACGUACAAAUCUUGAAUCUCGAGAGGUCAUCCGGUGUUUUCUCCAGGCAUUCUGAUUUUCGCAAAAUAUUGAGGAACUAUAGCAUUCAGAAAUAUUUCAAUGGAGCAACAAACAAUCUCACGGCCUACACCAAAACCGCUAAGUUCAGUGAUAUGCAAGUAUAUCGUAUUGGUUCGUUGAUAGAGAAGUCAAGCUCUUCUAAAGCUUUGCAGAUCACAGCUGCGUCGAUUGACAAAGAUCUUAUAAAUACAGUUCUGGCUAUCUCAUACGCCAAACAGCCUCAUCAUAUUAUCUCAAGCAUUGUUGCUGGAUUUGUGUAUAUUGCGGAUGUUGAUCUUGGUGAAGGGAUAGUUACGUAUCUCUCUCCAUCCGUUGCUGAACUGCCUAGCAAAAUAUUUAUCAUGGGGACUUUGACAUGGUACAAAUCUUGA